GUUUUUUUAGUCUUUUCUACAAAUUUAUUUUUUAUAUUAAGUUACAAUAAAAUUUCCGCCAAAAUGAUUUCACAUUGUCGAUAUUUGUUCGCACUACAUCAAUCUUCAUUUCGCCUUGCUAAAAUAUAUCCCAUUAUUUCGAACAAUGUUAAAAGACUUUAUUCUCUGCAGCCAGUCUUUCAAGUGGAAGAAAAAGAAAAUAAUGUAGGCGAGAGAGAAGCUGACAAAGGAGACUUAAAUCGUUUUGAAAUUUCAAAAUCUACUAUGACAAAACUAAAUGCCAAUGGUAUUAAAGCAUUUUUUCCUGUUCAAUCUACUACAUAUAAUGCCAUUUUUGAAGGAUCUGAUGUAAUUGUUCAAGCAAGAACUGGAACUGGAAAAACACUAGCAUUUACACUUCCAGUGAUAGAGCGUUUAAACAGUGAGAAUCUUACAGAACGUGGAAGAGUUCCCCUGGUUUUAGCAUUAGCACCUACAAGAGAACUUGCAAUGCAGAUUUAUCAAGAAGUUGAAAAGUUUAAACCAAAUAAUGUCCAAGUAUCUUGUUUUUAUGGUGGUUCAUCUUAUGAGAAACAAGAAGGAGAGCUAAGAAGAGGAGUUGACUUUUUAGUAGGCACACCUGGAAGGAUUGCUGAUCUAAUACAAAGAGGUGUCCUGGAUUUAACUAAACUGAAACAUGUUAUUCUUGACGAAGCUGAUAGAAUGAUGGACAUGGGUUUUCAAGAUGAUGUAGAGAAAAUACUGAAGCAUUCAUAUACUUCAGCAAGAAAGCCACAGACUCUAUUGUUUUCUGCUACUGUACCGCCAUGGUUACAACAAAAUUCAAAAAAGUAUUUAAGCUCAAAUCUAAAGGUUUUUGAUUUGAUUGGUGAAGACAAAAAUAAAGGAGCAACCACUGUUCAACAUAAAGUAAUUAAAUGUUCAUACUGGGAGAGACCUUUACUGAUUAAAGAUAUAAUGCAGUUAUACAGUGGUAAAUUUGGUAAGACUAUUAUAUUUACCACUACAAAACAAGAAGCCAAUGAACUCUCUGUGGAAUCAUCAAUUCCUGAUUCUCAAGUUUUGCAUGGUGAUAUAUCACAAAGUCAAAGAGAAAUAACUCUUCAGGGGUUUCGGAAUGGGAAGUUUAAUUGUCUUAUUGCUACUGAUGUGGCAGCUCGUGGCCUCGACAUACCUGAAGUUGACCUAGUUAUUCAAACAGAACCUCCAAAUGACAUAGAUUUCUAUAUUCAUAGAGCUGGUCGUACUGGACGUGCAGGAAGGUCUGGUGUUUGUGUUGUGUUUUAUAAACCUGGACAAGAAUCUGAGAUCGCUGCUGUAGAAAAGCGAACAGGUGUAACAUUUGAAAAAAUUACACCACCAAAUCCUGAAGAGAUAGUAAGCUCUUGUGCAGAUGAUGCAAUUAGGUCCUUAGAAAAGGUAAACAGUGAUGUUAUUAGUUUUUUUAUCAAGCCUGCAAGAGAAUUAAUAGAGAAAAAAGGAGCAGAAGAGGCAUUGGCAGCUGCUCUUGCUUAUGUGUCAGGAACAACUGAGCUUGCUAAUAGGUCACUUCUUACGUCAAGAAAGGGGUAUACAACAUACCUUAUGAAACAACCUGUGCAAUUACGUAAUCCGACAUUAAUAUGGAAUAUUUUAAGACGAUAUUUUGACGAUGAAUUUAUUGCUGGUAUUAAGGGUAUGAGAAUGUGUCAAGAUAAACUUGGGUGUGUAUUUGAUGUGCCAACAGAAAAAAUAUCUGUUAUAAAGGAGGUCUGGAAAGGAGAUAGAUAUGCAACUCUUGAAAAAUUAUCAAAAUUACCAGACUUAAUAGAAUACUCCGCUCCGAAAGAGUACAGUAGUGAAACAAUGAGUUUAAAAAAAAAUGUUUUUAGAAAUUAUGGAGGUAAUUAUAAAGGUCGUGAAAAUAAUUCUUAUCAACAUGGAGAUAGUUAUAAAGGUCGCGAAAAUAAUUCAUAUCAACAAAAUAACUACCGAGGUAAUUAUAAUAGUCGUGAGAUUUACAGUAAACGAAAUGAUCGAAAUAGUUAUACUAAAAGCAGUGGUGGUAAAGUCGUUGAAAACGAUGCAGAGUUUAAAAACAAACAGUACAAUUCGGAUCAACACUUUAAAGAUUUGGAUUAAACAAAUAACAUUGUUAAGAUAACGAUCAAGAUUUAUUUAAUGUUUA